UAAAGCUAAUGGACAUACUGCAGCAAAGCUCAGAAGGAAAAAACCUAAACAUAUCUAAUUACUAGUAAAACUUUAGUCGAACCAACCCAUAAAUAAUUUCACAAUAAAUUAUUGUCGAAAGCAAAUUCUUAUUAAAUGACUAAAAUGUCAACGAUAUACGAUGCAAAUGCUAAAAUUUGGUAUGGAUGGCCGCGAGAAGAAGAAAGCCUAGAUGAAAGUGUUUCGGUGGGUGAGUGGGCUUUGCGUAUGAUGCGUAAUAAAUCAUCAAAUGACAUAUGUCAAAUUAGCGAUCCAGACAAUACGCAUCUAACGUAUCAUGAAGCUCUAACGAAUGCCAUACAACUGGCUAAACAGAUGCGUAAGUGGCAAUUGACUUGUUAUGAUAUCAUUGGUGUUGUUGCAACAAAUAGCAAGUAUUUGAUGCAAAUCAUAUUGGCUGCCUGGUUCAAUGGUCUAGCCUUUCAUGCCAUCAAUCCCGAAGAGAAUGUAGAGGCCAUUCAUUAUAUGUUGAAUAAAACCAAACCAAAAGUUAUAUUUUGUGAUGGUUUGCAUUUGGAUAAGUUACAAAUGACUCUACACACUUUGUAUCCCAUUGUCUGUACAGUAUGUAAUCAUGUUGCUGAUGACUUUGAUAUUUUUAGGAUAGAGGAUCUCUUGAGUGCGGAUGAUGAAAAUGAGGAUUUAUUUAGUACAGAACCUUUAAGGGAUGGAUGUGAUCAAACUAUGGCGAUUUUAUGCUCCUCGGGAACUUCGGGUCUACCCAAAUGUGUUCGCAUAACUAAUAAAAUGUGUCUUACGGAUUAUGGGUGAGUUUGGAA